CCCAGUCGGAGGUAAAGGGCUGGCGUUCGACAUCAGAGAUCCGAGUGGGUCGCUGAGAGAGGUUCAAAGACAAUGAUGGAGGUAAUGACAGACAACCCUUUCAAUCUCAUUAAUGGAACAGAUGACAUUGGAAAUAAUGGUUCUGUGUAUAAUGGAAGCACAGAGUAUGCCAGUUUGAGGCAUUCUCUGAACACCAUGUCUAUCGUUGUGUAUUCCCUGGCCUUUGUCCUCGGUGUGCUCGGGAAUGGAGUGGUUAUCUGGGUGACCGGCUUCAAGAUGAAGAAAACUGUUAACACAGUUUGGUUCCUCAACCUUGCCAUGGCUGACUUCCUCUUCACUGCAUUUCUGCCCCUGAGUGUGACUUACACAGCUUUGGAUUUCCACUGGCCUUUUGGCAAGUUCAUGUGCAAGCUGAACACCACCAUCAGCUUUCUGAACAUGUUUGCCAGUGUCUACAUUCUGGUGGUGAUCAGUGUGGACAGAUGUGUGUCUGUGGUGUGGCCCGUCUGGGCUCAGAACCACCGAAAUGCACGCAAGGCAUCCUACGUGAGUCUGUGUGUUUGGGUGGUGGCUUUGAUUCUCAGUGCACCAUACUUCAUCUUCAGGGACGUCGGGCCAUCGUACCACAAUAAGGAUAUCAUCAACUGCUUCAACAACUUUGCUCUUUCUGAUGACGAGGACACAUACGAUCCGACUGAGUUGUUUCGUCAUCAGGCCAUGAUUUUCACGCGCUUCCUACUGGGAUUUGUUGUGCCCUUUACUGUGAUUGUCUCGUGUUAUGCUGUCAUAAUCCAUAGUCUCAGAAGAAACCGCACACUGGCCAAUCAGUCAAGUCGCCCCUUUAAGAUCAUCGCUGCCAUUAUCAUCACUUUCUUUCUGUGCUGGUCUCCCUUUCACAUCAUGGGUCUAAUUGAAAUGGCAAAUUCCAUGCCAGAAUAUUCAAGUGAGAUAUUAGAUGAUAUCAUCAUAAUUGGGUCGCCAAUAGCCACCAGUCUGGCCUUUCUCAACAGCUGCCUGAAUCCACUUCUGUAUGUGUUCAUGGGCCAAGAUUUUAAGGAUAAAGUCCGCAAAUCCAUCCUGAAUGUGCUGGAGAGUGCCUUCCAGGAAGAGAUUUCUCGCUCAUACACAUAUACAAACUCAAUGAUCACCACUCGCAGCAAAGAGAAGUCAUUUUCUGAUGCUGAGUUAUAAGGCUGUUAAAGACAUGAACCAACUGUACUGCGUAGAAAUAACUGUAUAAAAAAUCAUGUUUUAAACAACUUUUAAUCAAAAGUUCUCUUAAUCAAAAGAGUUCAUCUGUCAGCUGUAGGAGGAUUUCCUCUUUAUCUUCACUUUGUCGUUGUGACAGCAGAGAGUUUCUCAGCUACAGCCUCCUAGACUUUGUUUUAGUGAUAUUGUACAAUAAGCUUGUAAUUCAUUCAUGUGUUAAAGCAUUGAGGAUGGUUAAAAUUGUUACUUCUAAGGUGUUCACAAUCUGAGUUCGGUUUAUCCAUCUGUGGUAGCUGUGGUGUUUUAUUAGUUUUGCUGUCACACUUUCUCAGACUCAGGGUAUAAAUAAUUUGCACAUUUUUGGAGAAGAGAAACUAGUUUCAGAAUUGGUGUUUUGUUUGCAGCUGAAUGCAUGCAACACAAGCAAUACCAAUCUGUAGGAAGGAAACAUCUUUCAUUCACACUCCACAUGUAAAUUUCUUCCUCUCUGCAUAAGACACAAAAGAAUCCAGAUUAAAAGUGCAUUAUCAGUUGAAGAAUAGGCUUUAACUUCUGGUUUUACUGAUCACUGACAGUAAUAAAGACUGUGCUUCUUGCUAGACAAUACAUUAUCCUGUUAAUUAACCUAUCAAAUUUUACUCUGUAAAUGAGUACCUAGGGGUGACCCCUGUAAUGAUUUGUCACUAUAUAAAUAAAACAGAAUUUAAAUUAAAUUAAUCUAUAAAACUGAUUCUGCCAAAUAUAAAUAACCACUGAUCUAACUGAUUACAAUUAUGAUUGUAAAUGACAAAACUGUCUCUCGAUAUUGAAAACAAAUGGCACCUUUAGGUACAUAUGAAAGUAAAUGAAAGUCAAAUGUGUAACCCUGUAAUCAAAUUCUCAUUUGACAGAAAUCAAUUCUAGUAUUUAUUUAUUUGAGUAUAAUGAACAACAGAUCUAAUGGACUAUAGAACCACUGGAAAGCUGAUAGGAAGUGAGAGGUUAAUGUCUGUGGCCUCCAUAAGUAUUGUUAUAAUUCUUCAAAUAUUAAUUAAUCCUGAUUGUAACCAAAAAGACUCUACAAAUCUACAUUUUUUUUUAAAAAAUUUCAGUGACAAAAUCAGUCUUUGGGAGGUUUACCUUAACAACUAAUGGUAUAUUGUGAUCAACAUUAUAACAUCCUGAUUCAACUAUAAAAAAUGUAUUUUUAAUUUUUCUUAUCCCUAAUGGACAAAUCUACUUGUCUUUAAAUGUUUAUAAGUAUUGUAUUACUAUUGUGAAUAUUUCUGUCAACAUUAUUUGCAUCAAUAAAACAUUUUUGGCUUUAA